AUGGUGCCCAGCCUGGCCGGCCAGCCGCGCCUGCACCGCGGGCACAGGUUUGUUGACGCGGCCGUGUUUGAGCCAAUCCCGGUCAAGUCUGCUGUGCGGGACGGCUGCACCCACGUGCUGGCGCUCUGCAGCCGGCCAGCCAGCAGUGGGCCGGCGUGGGGCAAGCUGCUGCGGCGCACGCUGACCGCUACAGUCAAGCCCUACAUGAAGGAGGCCUGGCGCGUGGAGCACCGCCACACCACCCAUCAGGGCCAGCCGAUGGAGGAGGUCCUCACAGCCAUGGCCACUGGCCGUGCGCAGUCCACGCUCGACCUAUCAGACGAGGACCGCCCCCCCGGCGGCCCGUCCCCCUCGCCCUUUGCCUCCGCCUCCGCGUCCCCUUUCGCCAGCGCCGGCGCGUCCCCGCGCGGCGGCAGCCCCGCCGCGCUGGCCUCGGCCGACGGCGGAGAGCCCGGCAGCGCGGCGCCGCUGCUCGGGCGCGCGGCGGCGGAGGCGGCGGAACUGGCGCGGGCGGAGGUCGUCGACAUGGCCGGCUGCCGGCGCGCGGAGGGCGUGCUUGCCGCGGACGGCGUCGGCGGCAGCCACAUACUCCCAGUCUACCCCUCCGCCGCGGCCCAGUUUGCGCCGGUGUGCACGCACGUGCCCACGCUGCUGAGGGCGCGGGAGGAUGGGUUUCAGGCGAUACAGCGGGUGCUGCUGCCCGCGCUGGCGCCAAAGCCGAGCUGCCGGUGA